CUUAGUUUCCUCUUAACAAAAUGAAACGGUCAUAUUUGUCAUAAAAUAUUCUGCACCAAAACUAUACAGAGAUGCAUUGUUCAGCAUUUGAACACAUCUCUCUCUCUCUCUCUCUCUCUCUGGGCGUUCAUUCAUGGAUUUCUGAAGAUUUCUGCUUGGAAAAGGUUCAUCAGUGAAACAGAGACCAAAGGAAACAGACACACUAAACUUGUCCUGCUCUGCAUCGCCUCCACCGCUGGCCCCAAGCCACGCCCAUAUUCCCUCAUCCACAUUUUGAUUGGUCAGGGUGGUCAGCAACUCUCUGCUCUCCAUCGUCCCCCCCACCGGCUCACCAGCAGUGAAUGAGCCCAGUCAGGCACGAGCUGUGAAACGCUACAGACUCUCUCUCUGUGUGUCUCUCUAUGUCUCUCUCCCCCUCUCUAUGUGUCUCUCUCUCGCAUCAUCUCUCGCUCGCUCUGUGUCCUUUUACGCCUCAGGAGCAGACAGCCCAGCAUCGGCAGCGCAGCGACACAGGACUGACAGAGGACAUAGGAGAGGAGGAGACAGCAACACAACAAGAAGAGCAUUUACAACAACAGCAGCAGAACAUUAUCUGUAAUACAGUUCAAAGCAGAGCAGAAGCAACAGAUUGCCCUCCUGGUUGAUCUGCAAACGAAGCAACAUCUGCGGCUUGCAUCUCCUGGGUUUUGAAAGUCAGUUUCUCUCUGUGAAAUAAAUGCUUUUGCCACGGGAAUGGCAGAAUGUGCGAGAGAAAUAAAAAGCGUUGAUCUGCUUGGAAAGCAACACCUUUCAUGUUGACUGUCAGCGUCACCUCCACCGCCAGCGUCUCCUCCCAUUUCCUUCCUUCACCGGGAUCUGAGGGAGACCAGGCGUCCGACCUGUGAAUGCAUAAGCAGGAGGACGAGGUUAGAUUGACAUGCAGGGAUUCAGGAAGUUUCGCUGUGAAACAAAAGGAGCAAGAUAAGGUUUUAUCGGCGUGAAGAAGCAGGUAAGAUUCACCACCAGACAUCAGUAAGUCCAUCAGACUGCCACCUGCACUUCUGAGGACAGGAAGGGGAUGAACACGAGGACGUGCAGGAGCAUCUGUCUGAGCACGGAAGCAAAACAAGAAUCCAAAACCUAGAGAUGACAAGAAAGGAGAGAGAGAACUGUGCCACGCAGAGCCAUAUAUAGGUAUUCAGCUAAAACCUACAGAAACAAUCUGUUAGAUUAGUUCACCUCAACCAACAGAAACAUCUGGCAUCACCUUUUUCAUUUCUAGGAUGAUUCUGCGUUUAGUCUGACACACCAAGAGCUUCAUCAAAACCUUUCUGUGGAGUCAACUUGCCGCGAGUUAAGUUUCUGCACCGAUCUCGGUGUGAGCAUCCAAAGGUUCUCGCUUGACUUUGCUUUUCGGGUUGAGGUGGAUCUGCCGUAGGGGGCAGCUGAUAGCCAUCCAAGACGCCGCGAGCCGUACUCCGCGUGAAGAAUGCCCAGCCGCGCUUGGCCAAGCCGGCCAACCCGGACCCGACGGCGGGCCUCUACAUGGAGCGAUCGCAGAGCCGCAUCAGCCUGUCAGCGUCCUUCGAGGCCCUCGCCAUCUACUUCCCCUGCAUGAACUCCUUCGACGAGGACGAUGAGGUGGAUACAGAGGGCAGAAAGUUGAAGGGAGGCAUCCAGAGGAGCACAGAGACGGGUCUGGCUGUAGAGAUGCCUAGUCGGACCAUUCGCCAGGCCAGCCACGAGUCCAUAGAGGACAGCAUGAACAGCUACGGCUCCGAGGGCAACCUGAACUACAGCGGCAUGUGUCUGGCAUCUGAUGCCCAGUUCAGCGAUUUCCUGGAUGGAAUGGGACCUGCCCAGUUUGUUGGACGACAGACUCUGGCAACAACAUCGAUGGGCGAUGUAGAGAUUGGUCUGAUGGAGAGGAACGGAGGUCUGGAGGUGGAGGUCGUCCAGGCCAGAGGACUCACUAUGAAACCGGGUUCAAAGGGACCUCCAGCUGCCUACAUCAAAGUUUACCUCCUGGAGAAUGGGAUCUGUGUGGCCAAGAAGAAGACUAAGUCAGUGAGGAAGAGCCUGGAUCCCCUCUACAACCAGGUCUUGGUCUUCUCUGAAAGCCCACAGGGGAAAGUGGUGCAGGUGAUCGUUUGGGGCAACUAUGGACGGAUGGAUCGCAAAUGCUUCAUGGGCGUAGCUCGAAUCCUAUUGGAGGAGCUGGACCUCAGCACAAUGGUGAUUGGCUGGUACAAGCUUUUCCCUACCUCCUCCAUGGUGGACCCAACGAUGGCGCCACUCAUCCGCCACUCCUCUCAGAUGUCCUUGGAGAGCACUAUCGGACCCUGCUGUGAGCGAUCCUAAGACUCACGCAAAAAUAUUUACUUUCUGUUGUUGUUCCAUUGCUCAGCCAAGUCCUAAGACCCAUUUUUAUAUACCCUGUAGCCCUGAACCCAGGUCAGCCAGGUGGCACUCUCUCUGGAGCAGGUAGGUGUUAAGUAUCAUACUCAAUGGCACUUCAACAGGUCCAGUCACACUGGGGAAUGAAUCACUCCCCUGACUGGGAAAUGACUUUACAGACCAGUAGCUCACUGGUAAAGUGCUUUAAUUCUUUUGAUACUCUAUGAGACUGUUUCCCAAGACUUGUGGGAGGCACGUUUCUUUUGCUGUUGCAACCGACCGCCCGUGAGACUCACAGGAAGAUUUUGCUCUCUUUGCAUCUCUUUGAUGAAAAGCAAAAACCCACUUAAUGAGGAAACUUGAAAGGAGGGCUGUUGCAGACAUUGAUCACAUCCUAUGGGAACCAUAAUACACUGCAGGCUCCGCUUUGCUUCAGCUACGCACCUUCUUCACAGCCUACCUUCGAGUCUCAUACCCAGGACUCCCAUUGUGCAGGAGCGUGAGGGAUAGCAGGUUGUAGAUCCGUGCACAGCUGGACUAAAGAGGAUGUUCAAGGAAAGAAUGAAACGUCUUUCUUGUUGGGUUUGAACACUGAAAUGAGAUGUUUUUGUUUUUUGUGUCACAUUUUGCCCUUCAGUGUUCAGUUCAAUUGUUACUAUGUGUACGCAAGUGAGUAGGCAUGACAAAAAUCCCCUUUCACAUUCUGGAUUGAUCUAGACUUCUACCCGAUUUUAAAUCUAGAGCACUGCUGGCUUUCUGUCCUACCAGGUAGUCAGGAGUGUCUAAAUUAAAUUUGUCGGUUAUAAUUUUGUAUCUGCGUGGAUUUAUAUGGCGUUUAACCAGAUUCCAAGUUCCCAAAGCCCAUGUUCCAUUAUGCUCAGAGCUUGUACAUUUUCAUUGCAAUUGAUGACAACAUUAGCUGAAUUUGCAGAUUAUUUUGUCAUCAUUGAUGUAAAGCGCUCAUUGGUCAAAUCAGCUGUUGUUGUGCUUGGCAAGAAUGAAAACAUGCAGCCUUGUGGGUUUUUAGAAAAACUGAUCUAAGACUCCAUUUUACCUGGUUGUUUCUGAACCUGUAGCAAAUGGAUUUCAUUCAAAUAGAGAUCCCCUGCUGACGGGAGCUGGUGUAAAUACACCCAACAUGCAUGGUUUAAGAUUCAAUUGCCUGAAACUUUUAGGGAGGUCAUUCUGUUUUAGCCAGAUUUGGUACAAGUGUGAACACGUGUGUCUACAAUAGAGAUGCACUGAUCAAUCAGCAGAUAUCAGAAAUGGAUGGUUUUUAGUGCGAUCGGCUGGUCACAGGUCAAGGCCAAUCACGAUGAACACCGGCCAUUACCACGAUGUGACCGGUGACCUGUCGAUCACUCUGCACAGCCAUUAAAGAUACAUCCCAAAUGAAACCAUGGCAUGCACAUGUGAUUAGAACUCGAAGCAGCAUGUGACUUGCACAUCUAGAUACAAUGUGGUUAAAUGUUAUCAGGAUACAGUUUCCACUGAUAUGAACCGGCCAGGUGUAAAUGGGGUCUAAAAUUUGACCAUGUUUGUUUCACUUUUGUUUCACCUGGUAGUGCAGGUCACACCAAGUGCAAGGGACAGUUUUCUACCUGGGCUCCAGCACUGGCACAUGGCACUAAUCCAGAAAGACAAAUGUUUCUCAAAGCAUUGAGGAUAGUAGCCUGGUUGACAGCGUGGGGCUGCAAACCUGUUGUAUAUCCCAGUUUAAUUACAGCUCAGUCUUCUUUAGAUAAAACUAGAAAUAGAUUUUUGAGUUUUCCUCCUGUCUCUUUUUCUUUAGCAUUGGCAAAAAAUUGUUUAAUAACAGUUACUACUGUGCCAGUUUCUACCAGCAAGUGUCUUCUCCUCCCUCUUCUUCAGAUACCUUGUGGCAUGUGCCAUUGUGAGGGAGAAACAGAAAAAAAACCACUCACAGCAUCUGACAGCAGUAUUCAGACUGCAGAGGAGCAUCCCUUUGUUCUAAAUUACAGCCCUAAUCCAGAGACGGCCACCGCACCUGGUGAUUAGCUGCGACUCAGUGUGGAGGGAGGAAGACGAAAAAGAGAGAGGAUGGAGGCAUGAAAUGUUCUUUGCAUCAUCCAAAAGAAGGAUCUGCCUGGACUGACAUCAGGUUUCAUAGAUUUCAAACAUGGACACAAUAGGCAGCACAAUGUGCACACUGUAGAGAAACGUAUAGUUUAUUUAAGAACAAACAUAUAGUAUUUCAUUUGGGCACUUUAUGAUUCUUACUGUCUUUUUGUGUGUAAAUAUUAUGGUUGUUAGUGUCUUUUGGAGUGAGCCAAAUUUAACAUAAUGACUUACAGUAGAUGAUAAAUGUUAAAACUCUGAGGGAGGGAAGGGAUAUCCUCGCUAGUUACUGUAAGAUUGUAGCAUUAGCUGGUAGCAUUCGCAUGACUGAUUAAAACUAAUAAGUUAGCAGGCCCUUGAAAAGACAAAGCAUGAGCUACAUGCUACAAAGAAAAAAGAGAAGUUAAAUAGGGUAAGUUGUGUUGACAUCCAUCAUUAAUUAAGAAAAACAUAAGUAUGUAGCAAUUUAAUGCUUAUUUUUGCCAAGGUGACUGAAUUUCAUUUUGGGCUCUGUUCUUUCACGGAUUAGAAAAAGAAAAAAGUCUGUACUUUUACUUCUUGUUUUAUCUUCAAGGAAAGAUUUCAGAGCAAAAUGGAAUUUCUCUUAAACACAUCAAAUAACACUUUAAUCAAACCAUAUAAUUUGGAGUAAUUUUACUGUAAAAAAAAAAACAAAAAACCUUUCAAAUGUGGCCUCUGUUUUGCCAGUAGCAGUGUUGCAGGGAUAUUAAUACUCUAUUUCCAAAUUGUGACAUUCUGUAAAGCAAUAAUCAAGACAACAUCCGUCAUUGCAGCUUUUUAGUUGCUCAGCACAAACUGGAAAAUGACAAACGUAGCCAGUGGUUUUCACCUCUUGUAGCACAUAACAUGUUUUUGUAUAUGUCUGGACAUAUAGGAUUCCAAAAUAUUUAUUUCUUUGACACAAAACCUGAAUACAGAAAGUGAAAAUCGCUUGUUAUGCUCUGUCAUUUUACUGCAGCACAUUCAUGCCUUCUUGUUUCCACACCUGAUUCCAGGGAGAGCGUCACGUAGUCUCUGAGGAGCUCUGUAAAACCCAGAAGGUACAGUAAACCCAGUGUAAUGCUAAAGUUUCUGGUUUGAAAAAUGUGGGGUCACUUUCGCAGCUUACAUUUUCAUAGAGUAGCAUGGAUUUGAAUCUGUUGCCUGCCUUGUAAUUAGAACAAAAUGCUUUUGACAAAUGGAAUGAAUACGAGUUAGAAGAGCUUUAGCAAUCAAAGAUAUGCAUAUACAAGUAUAUAAAACAUGAAAUGGCUCCUCGACUGUGACCCAAGGAAUGUAUUUUUGUCUUGUUUUUUUGUGCCAAACUGUAAACCUAUUUCGAGGGCUGAUUUCCCAACCCAGGACCAAUGAAACAUGAAUGUUUACAUGUUUGGCAUUAACACACAAAAAAAUCUGCAAACCCAUAAAGCAGAAUUCCAGUGUAAGAAAAUAGCUUGACAUCCAAGAGCAGGGUCUGUGUAGCUGAAGCAAAAUGUUGCAUGAUAAUGAGCUGAAUUUAUUGCAGAUCACACUGAGUUGCAGUAGUAACCAUCAUAGAAGUUUCCCAUCUAACCUGCAGCAGCUGCCUGAACAACACAUGCUUUAAUGAACCUUAAAGAACUGAUUGAUUUUUUCUACCACUGAAUACUUUCCUAACAGUUCCUGCUGGAGGUGGAGCAGCAGGUUUUCUCUGAUGGUUACAUGUGCAGCCUCUGGCAUUUGUGUGAAUUUGGUGUAAAAAUCCACACAAAAGAAAGAGAGACAAAAUAUAUGCCAACAUUGCUAGCAGGAUUAAGAGUAAUUAUUGUUUGUUUGUUAAAACUGAUUGUGUAACUCUGCUCAUCAAAAGCUUCUUGUUCACUUUGUAACUUCUUGUUCAUUUUGUAAGGCAAACAAAUGAGCUAAUGAACCCUGUAGAUGUUAUACGGUAGUUGAUAUGUUCAGCACCAAAAAUGUCCGUCUCUGAAUUCCCCCACGUUGUCAAUGUGUCUGCCACGUGGAUGUUUAUUAUGUGCUACUAUCAAUUGUAAUGUAAGUAGAGGCCUUAAACACAUCUAUAUACAUUUUGUCAGGGCUAAGGACUAAGAAUUUCACAUAAAGUAAAUCACAACAGUGCAAAAACGUUUUACAGUGUCACCAUUCCAGCCCAUUACUUAAAGUGAUUUAAAUGAUUAUCUUUGUUCAUAGUGAAUUUCUGAUAUACUGAUAUUUCAACAGACUGUGUUUUCUUCCCACUCGUUGGCGUGGGCUUCACUGAACGAAGCGAGCAAAAAAAAAAAAAAGCACUUUUGCAGCGUAGAUAUUCAAACAUUCUCAUCUGUUUCGGGACAAAACCUAUUUUCUAAAGUUAUGUUGCUGUUUGAAUGCACACAGCGGUGCUUUAUGGUUUCAACUGAGCAGAGAGAAAAAUUACAAUUGAACCAUCUGUAAGAAUUUGUACUGAAGGUCUGUCUGGGUCCUUUUCCAUCCUCACAGCCUUUUAGGUUCUUGUACUGCAAAACCAGACAUUUCUCCAUAAUUACUAUUUGGUUUCACGGCACCAUAGGGGGCAUUGCUCAAGAUACACAAAGAAAAUUUUAGGAACAUUACAUAUAUUAAGUGGUUUAUUAUGCUGUGCGAGUGUAAAACUAAGAUAACAUGACUGUCCCUACAUUUCCUCUCACGUGACACUGACCACGUGUAGCCACUGUGAGUUUCCAUGACUGAAGUCAUUUAGUGAAGCAGGUGGACUCACACUGUAGGUGCCUGAAGUAUUCUUUCCUAACUGUAAAUUCACAGCUGAAUCAACAGAUCAGUAGAUGAUAUAUACAGGUGAUCAAAAACAGAGAGGUAACAUGCAACCAAAUCUAAAAAGGGCAUAACUUUAACUUAAAUCACUCAUGUCUUUUUAAACUAUGUGAACUGGUGGAACUGGCUCCAUGGUUCUUCUGUAUAACAGAAAUAGAUAUAGUCUCCUUAGAUUAUUUCAAUGAAUGUUGCUCAGACACUGAAAAAGCCUUUCAGGCCUUCUUGGACUUCUGCAUUUUUGUAGACCUGCCCUGCUGCUCUUCUGAUUGGACAAAAGACGUUGCAGUGACUGCGAGCACACAGCUGCUCAUAGUUUAGCUUUUUCUGAAUUCAAGGAGCCCCUCCAAAAUUGUGAGACAGGCCAGGCAGACAUGUGAGGAGAGCAUGGAUAGUGCACAAAACAUCUCAAACACUUUGAAAACCAUCUGACCAAAAAGAAUCAGGGCAUAAGAACUUUGUCUCCUCUAUCACUCAUUUACUUUCCUGUCUGCAAUACAAACACAUUUUUCUGUGCAUGCAUAUACGAUCAUGUUGUUUUGGUUUUACUGAAGUUCAGUAGACAUAUUAUUCACACCAAGAGUGCACAGGCAAAGCCACACGGUUUCUGUUUUUGCAGAAGAUCAACCUAAAAGUGAAUGUGUUGGGUUCCCUUCUCUCUCCUGAUCUUAAAUCAUCCAGAUCUUUUUCCUCUUAAGUUUGUGGGUUUUACUCAUUAGGAGGAAGGGGAGUACUGUUUGUGUCCUUUUCUUUUACAGUGACAGUGUGUAUAUUUCUAGACAUAUCAUGUUCUGUUUGGGGGAAGAGGCAGAGGAGUGGGAGGAUGAAGGGGCCCCUGCAGCUCCUCUGUGGCUGCUGAAUCCCAAAAGCAACACAUUUUCUCCAGUCUGCUGCAGAUCCCUACCUUUUCUUUUUUCCUUGGAGGCACUUCCCAUCCCAGUCCUCAGACGUUUCCCCACAUGCCAUCUGGUAGAUCCUGUCAUACAAUGUCCCACGUUGCCACGAGUGAAUACAUGUUCAGGCUGGGGGAACCUGUGAGAGCCAAAGUGCCGUGAAGUUUUGUAUCCUGUGCUUCUCAGCACUGCUCUGAUAAAUUGACUCUUCCCUUCUCUCUGUGGGUUGAUAUUUCGGCCUCAGUACUGAUAAUCAGGCUUCACUGGUGUCAACACAGCACAACACUGCUCAACAGACUCUCCUUUUCUUUCUCCAGUGAAAUGAAGCCAUUUUAUCUGCAGCAUUCACAGCCUUAAAUUCUCAUCAUUUCAGGCCUUUUGAGAAAACUGCACAUUUUCCUAAGGCCCAUAAAAUGCUAUGUGAAGCUCAUGUUUUGGUUUUGGGAUAUGAAAUGAAACAGGCUUCCUCAUGCUGUCAGGAACACGUGAUAUGGGCAAGUUUUGGAAGAAAUGCUGAUGGAAAAUCACCAUUUCUCACUGGUCAGUGUGUAUCCAGGGACAGUUUGCUACAACUUUAUUUACCUUUAAACACAUUCAACAUGAGCUAUUCUAUCCUUCAGCCACUGAGGAGCUUUAUUCACCUGACUUAGGUGCAUUUGUUGAUCGAUGACACCUCAGCAGCAGCAAAAAGGAGGAGUGUCUGUUUAAAGUCCACAUUUAAAGAAUUACUUAGCCAUUUAUUGAUUUCAAAUUUCCAUUUACAAAUAUACUGUCAUUUUAAAAACUCUUCAUCCCAUCUAGUGUCAACAAAUGUUAGCAUUAACUGCUGUUAGCAAUGCAUUAAGCAGCCGACGUCCACCCGCAUUCCCUUCCAUUUCUUGCUCAUGUUUUACAGCCUGAGUCUUUUCAGAGAAGUAACAGAAUGGCAUCACUUUAGUUUUAUGCACCGUAUUGUCAUUUAAUACACAAGUAUAUUUGCAGAUUAUUUGGCAAACUGUUAUAUUAUUGAGUAAAUGCACAAUUUGGUGUAUUGUUAUUCUAUUCCACCUGUCAAUAAAACAGUUGA